GUGCAAUUUUUUCGUAAACAAAAUAGAAAUAGAAGGCAAACCAACUAAAAUACCGGCGAUAAUUUAUAUUCCAAAUAAAUAUUAUUAUUCAAUAAUUCAUUGUAUUUCCAUUUUUAUAAUAUUAUAUCGAAAUGCCACACGGACAUUCUCACAAUCAUGGAGACGAAUGUGGUCACGAAGCAAGCGAUAUUGACCAUGCUCUCGAAAUGGGCAUUCAAUACAGUUUGUAUCAAAAGAUCGAUCUAGACAAUCUAGAAUGUUUAAAUGAGGAGACUGAAGACAGUGGCAAAAAGGUCUUCAAGCCAUACGAAAAGAGGCUUGAUUUUAGUGAGUUUGUUGUUAGCGAUGCCGAUGAAGAACUUCUUUUCAAUAUUCCCUUCACGGGGAAUAUUAAACUCAAAGGAAUUAUUAUAGUUGGCGCAAAUGAUAAUUCACAUCCUAACAAAGUUAGAUUAUUUAAGAAUCGUGAAAAAAUGUCAUUCAGCGACGCAGAAAUGAAAGCUGAUCAAGAAUUUGAUUUGACUCGAGAUCCAAGAGGAGAAAUUGAGUAUUCACCAAAAGUUGUUACUUUUUCAUCGGUUCAUCAUUUAUCUUUACAUUUUCCAUCGAAUUUUGGAGCUGACAACACUCGCAUUUACUACAUUGGACUACGUGGUGAAUUCAGCGAAGCACAUUUCCACGGUGUCACCAUAUGCACCUAUGAAUCCGCACCAAAUGCUGCUGAUCAUAAAAACAAACUUUAUGAUUCCGUCAGCAAACAGAUUGAGUAAACGAGGAAUAAAUAAUAAUAAAAUAAAAACGAA